CAUUUUUAAUUGAUUUCAUUAAAAAGAAUUGUUUUUUCUUCACCAUCUUCCUCCUUGCUUUUAUUUAUUGUUUCUCUUCUAGAGAUUUGCGUCGUCUCAUCGUGUUAUUUUUUAGACACUUGUUUACUGUUGUUGUUUUUUCUUUCCUUCUCUGCAACUUUGUCACGGAUCCUUCGUUUUUAUUUUAUCUAUAUAUAAAACCAUAGGAUAAAUCUCGUCCCCAGAUAUCUAAUCUCUCUAGGGUUUUAGCUGUGUGGGUUUUUUAUUUUCGUGUUUCUUUUCUCACUUCUUUUUUUGUUCUUCUUCUCGUUGUUGUUUCUCUCUUUUGUCUUAACGAAGAACAGGGUGAUUUAUGUCGGCUGGGUUUGAAUCAAAAGCUGUGAUUUUGUCUCUGCUUAACAACAACAUCUCUUGUCUGAUUUCAUCAUCAUCUUCAACUAAAUCUUGUCUGGCAAACGAUCUUCACUUCUGCUCUAACAAGCAGAGGCUUGUUCUCGAGAGUCCUUCUCUCUCCAUGCGCUUAAGACCCAAAAGGACUUGUUCUGGCGUUGAAGUCUUCGGUGGUUUUCACAUAAAACAGUUCAUUGUUCGCUGAGAUUUUUUUUAUUACAAAACAAGUUUUGAUCUGAAGAGUGUUUUGUCUUUUUUUUUUCUUUUCUGGGUGUUUUUUUUUGAGGAUUUGUGAGAGAGAAAAAUGGUAGGGCUUAUAACUAAACAACUGUCUUUGAGUGAUAUGAAGAAACCAAAGAGAUGCAAUCCUCAAGAAACUCAACAGCCUUUAAGAAAAGUCAGGAUCUUGGUCAACGAUCCUUACGCAACCGAUGAUGAUUCAUCUAGCGAGGAGGGAGACGAGACCAAGAUGAGACGCAUCGUCCGCGUGGUUAACUUCCCACCUCUGGAGUCUGUUGCUCCUCCUCCUCCUCCUCGUGUUGCUGAGUCUGCUUCUGUGAGUUCUUCACAGGACAGCACCAAAACAAUCAGCAAGAAAGCAGCAGCAGCUUCUCGUCCUCGGUGUUCUAAGAAGAAGCCUGUUGGUGUCAGGCAGAGGAAAUGGGGUAAAUGGGCUGCUGAGAUUAGACAUCCCAUCACCAAAAUCAGGACCUGGUUGGGUACUUUUGACACCGAAGAAGCAGCUCAUCAAGCUUAUAAAGUCAAGAGGAAAGAGUAUGACGCACUUCUCUCCACUACUACUAAUGACUCCGUGUCUGAGACUAGUCAAUGCUCUCGCUCUUCACCUCCUGAGCAAGACACUUCAGCUUCAACACCAACUACUAAUAAGCUUAAAGAAGAGAUCAAGAUCGCUCCUGCUACUGGUGUUGAUUCGAGCAAGGAAGUGUUGUUCGGUUUCAACUUCGCUGAGCUACCGAUCCCUGAUCUUGGUUUCUUUGCCGAAGACGAGGGACAGAUGGCUGCUGAUCUUGGUUUCUUUGCUGAAGAGAACUUGGAUUGCUUAUUCACUGAUGAUCAGUUUGAUGAUUUCACUAUGCUAGGGUUCGAAGACAGUGGUGGUGGUCCGAGCGAGCUACCUGAUUGGGACUUUCCAGAUGUUGAGUUCGACUCUAACUUCUUUUUCGCCGAUCAUCAUCAACACAUCCCCUUGAAAAGUUUUGCAGCUUAAGCUUUUUUUAAAAAGAGUGUUUUAUUUAUUAUUAGUUUUGAGUUUAAAGACAUACUACUACAUGAUGAAGGUGUGUUCCGGAGAGAAGUGAGAUCUUAAGACAUAACUAGCCGGGUUUUGCAGUUUAGUGAGUUUAAUUUUAAUUUCGGUUUAUAUAGGGUACUACGAGAUUAAGUGUGGAAAUGUUUUGUGCUUCGAGUUAAUCUCUUAGAUUUGGGCUGUUCAUUGUGCUUUUUAAGAGCCGUCCAAAGUUUAAAGAGUUUGAUUAUCAUUAAUGUUAUAGUACUACUACUAGUACUAUGUUAUUAAAUGAAAGUUUUUUUUUUCA